AUGAAAAAAAAAAUUGAUAAAUCAGUCACAAAAAAAACUAUAUCAUGGGAUGAAGUGACGAUAAAUGAACAAGACAAAGAAAGAGGUUCAAGGAUGAAAAUUUUAGAACCAAAUACCCCAUUCAAUUUUAUUUUAAUGGACAGCGCUUCUGAAGAUGAAGCCUCGAAAUAUGGAGACUCAAAAGGGGGAAAUGUUGAAGGGCAGAGUGACAUUGCUGACGAUUUAAUAAAUAAGCUAAACCAAUUGGUAGAAAGACAAGAUAGUAAAGGUUCAUCUAAUAUUGAUUUCAAGGAGAAGAGGAAAAAGCAUUACAACGAAUAUAAGAUGUUACAAAAAAAAUCAGGAACCUUUGACGAAAUUGAUGAAGAAUACAAGUUAGAUGAUAACGACUCGAAUUAUGAUAACAGCAACGUUCAAGAAUCCGAAGAGUAA